AUGAGUUCAGUCAUACACAAGCUCCAGUACUUCUACACUGCAGUCAAAGGAGGAAUGAAUUUUCCAGAGUACACUGAUGUUGGUCUGGUUGAUGGAGAGCCAUUUGUGUACUAUGACAGCAACAUAAGGAAAUACAUCCCAAAAACAGAGUGGAUACAGAAGAUCACUGAUUCUGAUGCAGAUUACUGGAACAGCGGGAGACAGAAUCAGCAAGCUGCAGAGGAGGUCUACAAAGUAAAUGUAGCUGCACUAAUGCAGCACUUUAAUCAGACUGAAGGAGUUCACACACUACAGAGGCUGUACGGCUGUGAGAUUGAUGAUGACGGGACUGUUAGAGGAUAUGAUCAGUUUGGUUAUGAUGGAGAAGAUUUCAUCAGUCUGGAUCUGAAAUCUGUCACCUGGACUGCAGCUAAACCUCAGGCUGUUAUCACCAAAUACACACUGGAUGCUACAGGAACUGCUCAUGCUGACAAAUACUAUCUGGAGAACAUCUGUAUCGAGUGAUUACAGAAGUAUGUGUCUUACAGCAGAGAGAUUCUGGAGAGGAAAGUUCGUCCUGAGGUAUCCGUCUUCCAGAAACACUCGUCUCCAGAAGUGGUGUGUCACGCUACAGGUUUCUUCCCUAAAAGUGUGAAUAUCACCUGGCAGAAGGAUGGAGAGGAUGUGUAUGAGGACGUGGAGCUCAGUGAGACGUUACCCAACCACGAUGGAAGUUUCCAGAAGAGAAGCGUUCUGAAAGUCCCAGCUGAGGCGCUGCAGAAACACACCUACACCUGUGUGGUUCAGCACAGCAGCUUGGAGGAGGUGACAGUGAUGCCUGUGAGCCAGAGCCAGAUCCUGAGAGGUCGGAGAAACAUUUUUCUAUAA